CGCUACGUCAGCAGUGAUACAGAAACAUGGCGGUGUCCAUAGCACAGCGCCGGGCUGCGAGCACUCCUGUGUUUAUAUUAACUUUUCUCACAGCGUUAAUAUUUCACCACAGUGUCGCCGACACCGCUACCGGAUCCCAGACUCCAGAGGAACCUCCUCACCGGCGGUUUGAGUACAAAUACAGCUUUAAAGGACCGCACCUGUCUCAAAACGACGGCAGUAUCCCUUUCUGGAUCCACUCUGGAAAUGCUAUUCCCAGCGCAGACCAAGUGCGGAUCACGCCCUCCCUCAGGAGUCAGAGGGGUACCGUGUGGACGAAAAACAAAGUCAGCUUUGAAAACUGGGAGGCCGAGGUGACCUUCAGAGUAUCAGGAAGAGGCAGAAUGGGUGCAGAUGGUUUGGCUGUGUGGUUCACUACUGAACAAGGUCUCGAUGGUCCCGUGUACGGUGCAGCCGACCAGUGGAAUGGAGUCGGAAUCUUCUUUGACUCUUUUGACAACGAUGGAAAGAAAAAUAACCCGGCUAUCAUGGUUGUGGGAAACAACGGGAACCUUGUUUUUGACCACCAGAAUGACGGUACCACGCAAGCCCUCGGGACGUGUUUACGAGACUUCCGUAACAAACCCUACCCUGUGCGAGCCAAAAUCACCUACUACAAAAAGACCAUGACGGUGAUGAUCAACAGCGGCUUCACUCCGGAUAAAGAGGACUACGAGUUCUGCACAAAAAUAGACAACAUGAACAUUCCCAGCGAGGGCUUCUUUGGCAUUUCAGCCGCCACCGGGGGUCUAGCAGAUGACCAUGACGUUUUGUCCUUCCUGUUAUUCAGACUGUCAGAACCAGGACAGCAACCGCCCCCACCUGAAUCUGAGAUUCCUAAAGAAGAGAAGGACAAGUACCAGGAGGAAUUUCAGAACUUCCAGCAAGAGCUCGACAAAAAGAAAGAGGAGUUUCAGAAGGAGCACCCAGACGUCCAAGGAGAGCCAAUGGAAGACUUGUAUGAGACCGUGAACGACCGGGAGAUCCGUCAGGUGUUUGAAGGCCAGAACCGAAUCCACCUGGAGAUCAAACAGCUGCACCGGCAGCUCGCCAUGAUCCUGGACGAGCAGAGACGGUACGUCUCCGUCAUCACCGAUGAAGUCUCCAAGAAAGGGACGAAUGCUGAGUCAGGACAGCUCGACUCUGCCAGUCAACAACAGCUCGGCUCAGUCGUGGCCUCCCAGCAGGAGAUUCUGAAAAACCUGAACGAUUUGAGAAACUCCUUUUAUGAAUCACUGAAACAGAUCGGCUCAGCCCAGCCUCAGCAGGGGAAUGCAGUCGGUUUGGGAUCAUAUGAGACCAUCCAGCACUUCAACGACAUCAAGGAACACCUGCACAUGGUGAAAAGGGACGUGGAGCACAUGGUCCAGCGUAAUGCUCAGAAUCCUGCUGAGAAGGCUAUGAAGUGUCCUGAAGUUCCUCCGAUGCCCGCCUGUUUGUCCACUGUUCACUUUGCAGUCUUCAUUGUCGUCCAAUCAGUCCUCUUCUUCUGCUACAUCAUGUACAAGAGUCAACAGGAGGCAGCAGCAAAGAAGUUCUUUUGAUGAGAUGAAUUUCUGAUUUGAUAUGUGUAAAUGAGGGAAUGUUCAUUUUGAUAAUUAUUUUUUUGAUUGAUCCUUUCAGAUUGUAAGUUAUUGUUCUUUGGAAAAAAAAUGGCUUUUCUUGAAGAAAUUUGUUUUAAUUACGUGCAGAGUUUUAAUUUGAUCCGAAAACGGUUGUGCGUGAAUGCUGGUGUGAGUCUUUUUUGCUCUGGAUUUUCAUCAUGAUGUAAAAUGUUCCUUGCAGUAUUUUUUUGGUCGGGUCAGAUCUUUGGAUUUUGUUGUCAGAAGAUGAAAUCUGCCACUAUCUCAUUUCAUGAAAUCAAACUGACAACAAAAGGAAACCUGUGUUUUGAAAAUGUGCAAUUUUGUAUUAAAUAAUGCUGAACUAUUGACGAACAGUCGGAGCAGACGACUGCUUCAGUUAGUCUGUUUUGAUGGAGUCAAACAUGUCAGAAUCUGACAUAUCCACAACCUGAACAAUUUACAUAAAGUGAGAAAACAAGUCA